UGAGUAGUUGAGUCAAUUUGUUUAGGAUUUUACUCUCUUUUUACCCUAAAAGUGGAUUCCAUUCAUUAUCAUUUUGUAAGAAGAAACAGUUGAAGAAUCUUGGUGACCCUACAUGAAAGGAUGGAGAAAAUAAUAGAUGUUUGCUUCCAUUUUGGGGGAACUUGGAGUAGCACUCCUUUUUUAAGCUACGUCGACGAUGUACAGGAAUUCUUUCCCAACUUUGAUGCUGACUACCUGUCUCUUGAUCACAUUAGGGAAAGGUAUCAUAAGCAUUUUGGAUUCCCUAAUGUGAGCAAGAUUUUCUUUUGCAUCAAUGGAAGGCCCCUGGCAACCCACAUGUUCCUGGCACAAACGGAUGCAGACAUUCUGAGGAUAGUGAACAAGAAGGGUGAUAGAAUUAGGCUUGAUGUUUACUCAGACCAUGAUGUGGACAGCCCUGUUUUUCUUACAGGUGUGCCUACACUGCCCUGGCAUGAUUCUCAAGGAGACAGUGAGCAUAUUGAAGUUUUGGAGGGAGAUAAAGGGCCAACAGUGGAUGUGGUAGAUGAAGGCCCAGGAGUUGAUGUGGUAGAUGAAGGCCCAGGAGUUGAUGUGGUAGAUAAAGGCCCAGGAGUUGAUGAGGUACAUAACAGCCCAAGAGUUGAUGAGGCAGUUAUGGAGGCUGAAGAUGGGCCAAUGGAGGAGCCUGGUUUGCAGGGUGAGGCCCAUUCUGAGAGUAUUGAGGUUGAGGUUGAGGUUGAGGCUGACAGUAUUGAGGUUGAGGCUGAGAAUAUUGAGGUUGAGGCUAAUGUGGGGAAUGAUGCUGAGGGAGGAUGUGAGUCUGAAAAUGUAGAGGGGUCAGAUAUUGAGAGUUCAGAUUCUGAGGGGGCAGAUAAUGAGGUUGAGGGGUCAGAAGGUGAGGGUUCAGAUAAUCAGGUUAAGGGGUCAGAUAUUGAUGUUGAGGGGUCAAAUUCUGAAUCUGAUGAAGAGGGGUCAGAUUCUGAAUCUGUUGAAGAGGGGUCAGAGUCUGGUGGUUCAAAGGCAGAGGGUUCUAAUGCUGCUUCUGGGUCCAAGGUAGAGAGUUCAGAGUCCAGUGGUUCUGAGGGGGAUAAAUCAGAUGGAAAUCAAUCUACUUACUUUUCUGAUUCUGAUUUGGGUUCAUAUGAGGUAGGAGGCAGUGGUAGUGAUGAAGGGACUGCAAAAAGAAGAAAAAGUGGCAAGAGGAAAUACAGUCAGAAAUCAACUUCUGAUCUGGCUGUUGGCAUGACAUUUGCUGAUGCAGUUAUGCAAAAGGUCAGUGGUUCCCUUAAAGUUAAUUUCAUUUUUGUGUUUUUUGUGUAA